AUGUCUGUUUUCUUCAAGGACAUCUCCACGGAGAACCCCGUGCAGAAAGGCGACGUCGAGAAGCUGCUCGAGCCACUCGGUUUGACGAUCAAGGCUGAGGAGUCGGCCGACUACCAGCGACUGCUCGCUGCGGUGCACGAUUGCGCUACCCGUAUCGAUAGUCUUCCAGACUACCAACCGGCCCCCGACACGAAACGAUACCCCCGAGAGAAUGUACAUAUACCCACAGCAGAAGAGCAAGAGUUUGGGCAUGCGUGGGCACAUCGUUUCUUGAUUAGGGGAGAUAAGUCAGCUUCUGGUCCGUCUCAGGUAUGCCUGAAAGGAAAGACUGUAUGCUUGAAGGAUUGCAUUGCCGUAGCAGGCGUUCCACAAUUCUUCGGGAGCGAUGCUUUUCCUCCUUGGACGCCAUCGACGGAUGCCACAGUGGUGACACGAGUUUUGGAUGCCGGAGCCGAUAUUCUGGGGACGGCUACAUGUGAGCACUUUUGCAACUCCACAGCAUCUUUCACCAGCGCGCAAGGCACAAUCGAGAAUCCCUAUAAGGAAGGCUACUCCACCGGUGGCAGCACCUCUGGGGGUGCCGCCCUUGUUUGUUCCGGAAAGAUCGAUAUCGCGCUAGGCACAGAUCAAGGCGGCAGCAUCCGGGUUCCAGCUUCAUUUUGCGGCUGCGUCGGUGUGAAGCCGACUCACGGUCUGGUGCCUUUCACGGGAAUUACUAGCGGUGAUGCUAUUGAUGACCAUGCAGGGCCCAUUUGCCGUUCGGUCACUGAAGCUGCUGAGUGUCUUGAUGUGAUCUCCGGAUACGACGGCAUCGACGAUAAGUCUCUAGGCGCUGCGGCUCAUGGCUCCUAUAACUUCUCUGCCGCUCUGUCAGCGAGCUCCGGUCGUUUGGACGGAAUCAAGAUUGGCCUUCUGAGGGAGGGCUUCGAUCAAGAAAUUGUCGACCCCAAAGUCAAAGACCACGUCCUUUCGGCCGCCCGGAGACUGGAGUCUCUAGGGGCAAUUGUCGAGCAUGUAUCCGUCCCUCUUCAUCUGGAAGGCCCUUCAAUAUGGACAAUACAACAACGUAUUGCGGGCUCGUCGGGUAUGCUGGGGAGAGCUUCGGGACACAGAGGUCUUGGCCUGACUGAGUUUGAAAAGGCACGACUGCCCUGGGUGGAUUCGAGCUUUCAAAAGCUUUUCCCCUCCACAAAGAAUACCUUCAUCAACGGCUUGUAUCUUUCGGACAAGUUCCCGGGUCUCUACAGCAAAACAGUCAACAUCGGUCGGCGAAUCAGCGACGCCUAUCAGAGCAAGUUUCAAACGUACGAUGCGAUAAUCAUGCCAACGACUCCUUUUGUGGCACCACGACAUGGGCCUCGAGAUUCUGUGCUGGGUUCAUUUGAACCCACCAUAGGACUGACCACCAACACCGCCGUAUUCAACGUUACUGGACAUCCAGCAAUGUCAAUACCCGUGGGAUUUAUUGCCGCCAAAGAUGACGCGCAGGUCUUACUUCCGGUUGGCAUGCAAAUUGUCGGAGGGCUAUGGCAAGAGAAGAAGAUCCUCACCAUUGCACAUGCAUGGGAGACCAACUUCGACUGGAAGAGCGUCACGAGCACCACCGAAGCUCCUGAAUCUGUUCCAGAUACUCUCUCAACGGGCUCAAAUGUCAAAGUCAAUGGCAGGACGAUGAGGUUAACGGCACAACUUCACCAAGUCUUAAGCGUGUGA